UGAACGGCGCACAGUGUUUGUCACUAGGUUCGGUGUUUCUCCGACACGGCGCGGGCAGAAGCGCCCUGAGCCGCCGCCGCCAUGAACUCCAGCCUGGACCUGUCGAGGCGAAACCCGCAGGAGGACUUCGAGCUCAUCCAGCGGAUCGGCAGCGGGACCUACGGAGAUGUCUACAAGGCGCGCAAUGUCAACACAGGAGAGCUGGCCGCCAUCAAAGUCAUUAAACUGGAACCAGGUGAAGACUUUGCGGUGGUACAGCAAGAGAUCAUUAUGAUGAAAGAUUGUAAACACUCCAACAUUGUUGCUUACUUUGGCAGCUAUCUCAGGAGGGAUAAGUUAUGGAUCAGUAUGGAAUAUUGUGGAGGAGGCUCACUGCAGGAUAUUUAUCAUGUGACUGGGCCUCUGUUGGAAUCCCAGAUUGCAUAUGUAUCACGGGAGACGCUGCAGGGUUUGUACUACCUCCAUAACAAGGGCAAGAUGCACAGAGAUAUUAAGGGAGCCAAUAUCCUACUAACCGACAACGGCUAUGUGAAGCUGGCGGAUUUCGGAGUAUCUGCUCAGAUCUCGGCUACACUGGCCAAGAGGAAGUCUUUCAUUGGAACGCCGUAUUGGAUGGCUCCAGAGGUGGCGGCUGUAGAAAGAAAGGGUGGUUAUAAUCAGCUGUGUGAUAUCUGGGCUGUGGGCAUCACUGCUAUAGAGCUGGCUGAGCUACAGCCACCCAUGUUUGACCUGCACCCAAUGAGAGCCCUUUUCCUCAUGACUAAGAGCAAUUUUCAGCCUCCUAAACUGAAAGAUAAAGUCAAAUGGACGAGUAACUUCCAUCACUUUGUGAAAAUGGCGCUGACGAAAAACCCCAAAAAGAGACCGACAGCUGAAAAACUCCUCCAGCACCCAUUUGUAUCGCAGCCCCUGAGUCGGACCCUCGCCAUAGAGCUGCUGGACAAGGCCAGCAACCCUGACCAUGCCCACUACAGUGACAUAGAUGAUGAGGACCCUGAUCCUGAAUCUCCUGUUUCUGUUCCUCAUCGGAUUCGCUCAACAAGUAGAAGUUCACGGGAUGGAAAGACUCUGUCCGAGAUCAACUUUGAUCAGGUGAAGUUUGAUCCUCCUCUAAGGAAGGAGACAGAACUACAUCAUGAACCGGAACUUCAGUUGGAGCCGCACAGUAUAUUAGGAGACAACAAGAGCCUCUUAAAAUCUGUAGCAGAGGAGCUUAAUCAGAGGGGUCAUGUGACACAUUUAGAGGAUGGUGAGGAGGAGGAUGAUGGUGGUGGUGAUGAAGCUGUACAUUCAAACGCCAGUUCCACAAUGAGGCCCAGAGUACCUCCCCCACUGCCCCCCAAACCCAAGGCUCUAAGUUCGGCGCAGAACGGUCCCACUGGAGACGACAGUGGUGGACAGGGGACGAUCAAGCGCUGCCCUGCUUCUCCAAACCCCACCCCUCCUCCUCGCCCUGCCUCCUGUGUGCCCCCCAGACCACCGCCCCCUCGUCUGCCCCCCCACAGACGCAGCAGCUUAGGUAACGGAGUUAGCCCGACUCAGCAGAACGGGGAGAGAGAAAGACAGUCGACCCUCCCCACGAUCCCCAGCCGCAAGAGCAAGGACAUUCCAAAACCCAUCAGUAACGGCCUGCCUCCAACUCCUAAAGUGCAUAUGGGAGCAUGUUUCUCUAAAGUAUUCAAUGGCUGCCCGCUGAAGGUCCACUGCGCUACGUCCUGGGUCAACCCAGACACCAGAGAUCAGUAUUUGAUUUUUGGAGCUGAAGAAGGCAUCUACACUCUCAACCUGAACGAGCUCCACGAGGCCGCCAUGGAACAGAUAUUUCCACGGAGAUGCACAUGGCUAUACGUUAUGAACAACUGGCUUCUGUCUAUAUCUGGUAAAGCCUCCCAGCUGUACUCCCACAACCUGUCAGGCCUCUUCGAGCACGCUCGGCAGAUGCAGAAGUUACCGGUUGCCAUACCCACAUAUAAACUGCCUGAUAAAAUCAUCCCCCGGAAGUUCACAGUGUCCAAUAAGAUUCCAGACACAAAGGGAUGCCAGAAGUGUUGUGUAGUUCGUAACCCAUACACAGGGCACAAGUACCUGUGUGGUGCAUUCCAGUCCAGUGUAGUUCUGUUCGAAUGGGUGGAGGCCAUGCAGCGCUUCAUGCUGAUCAAGAGUAUAGACUUCACGCUGCCUUGUCCGCUGGAGGUGUUUGAGAUGCUGGUGGUCCCGGAGCAUCAGUACCCACUGAUCUGUGUGGCCGUCAGUAAGGGCAGCCAGCCUGACCAGGUGGUGACCUUUGGCACGGUGGACCCGAACGCUCCCGUACCCACCUUCACUGAACCUGACACGCCACAGACGUGUGUAAUCCACGUUACUCAGCUGGAGAGAGACACCAUACUAGUCUGCUUGGAUCGAUGUAUAAAGAUGGUGAAUUUACAAGGCAGGUUAAAAUCCAACAAGAAGCUCUCUGCUGAACUCACCUUCAACUUCCAGAUUGAAGCAAUAGUUUGUUUGCAGGACAGUGUGCUGGCCUUCUGGAGGCAUGGGAUGCAAGGACGCAGCUUUAAAACCAACGAGAUCACGCAAGAGAUCUCGGAUAACUCGCGCAUCUUCAGACUGCUGGGAUCAGACAGGACGGUGGUGUUGGAAAGUCGACCGACAGACAACCCCACAGCCCAGAGUAAUCUGUACAUACUCGCAGGCCAUGAAAACAGCUACUGAUCACGUACACGCUCAUUCGCACUCUCAACGGCAUUCCACAGCCAGUCAACAUAAAAACUACAUCCCCAGCCAUGUGUAUAAGCUAUGUGUGUGCACGUAGACAUUCCUAUAAAACCACACGUCCCUCCAUGUGCAACCAGCCAUUCUACUAAACUGCUGUAACACUACAACUCAGCCACAGAUAAACACUACCAGAACCUAAUCAGCAUCAGGAGAAAGAGGAAAUAAAGCAAACUCACCCGCUGCUCUGCUCGACAAGCACUACAACACGACUGUACUGUACGCAACAGCAACGGGACAGUUGUUGUGUCACAACGAAACAAACAAGAUUGCCUAUUCAUUUAUUUAUUGUGGCAUGCUACGGAGAUGCAGACGGCAUCCUCUUUUUAGUUUUUAGGUUUUUUGUUUUAAACGUGUCACCGUUCCUGCUUGCAGCCUUUCCUUGUCCUUUUAGAGCCAGAGGAGCCGAUGGUCCAACUUUUGUGUCAGGGGUCCAUAACGACUCUGUAUUCACUUUCUCAACAGAGCGUAACUUCUGUGUGGGUAUUUGUUAUUGCAUUGUAACGAUAUAAUGAUAUGCUUGUGAAUUAAUGCAUUUUACAAUAUAAGAACAUGUACUUGCAUAGAAGUUACAGUAUGCUAGCAUACCUAUGUACAUACUUUGGUUAAUCGGACACCUGGUAAGAAGCAGGACCACGUGAUUAAGUCCAAGUCCUCAUAUGAACCAUUCCAGACUUAAAGGAAAACUUCAUCCAGGAUUGUUAAUGUUGCUAAUAAUCUGUGAAACAAGGCAAGUGAGAACAUGCUAACUGAUGCCUAUUUGCCAUUUUAUAUGACUUAUUUAUAUUUAACAAGAUGGCCUGCUUUAUUUAUGAAUUAUGUAAUGAUUUUGGACUUGUUCAUGACAAGUUCCGUCUGAGAGGGGCCUUUUUCUCAAAUCUAAUUAGUAUAAAACUACAACUCUUGCUACUUAAACACUAAAGUCAGUGUGCUGUUAAUGACAGCAACACAAUUCACUACACAAAUGCAAACAUUGCUAUGAAUUGUUAGCUAUAUUAGCAUUUUUGGGUGAAUUAUUCCUUUAUGGCUGUUUGUAUUAUGCAUUUUUAAUUAAAUUAGAUAUUCCUCAAUCAGUGUUACCCUACAAAUGUGUGUAUAUAUAUAUAUAUAUAUAUAUAUAUACAGCUGCCAAAUGGAACUCAAAUCUUGGGAUGAUGAUACUCAUUUAGCGCACAUGAAGUCAGACUCCCUACACAGUCCAUAUAGUUACAUGAGGGCAUUUUUCCACUGCAAGCCUCAAAAACAAGAAAUGGGAACCUACGGUUCUAGUUCUGGUUCAUUUUCCACCUAAUUGAUAGACAGCUGUAACCAUCAUGAUUUCCUUGAAAUGAAUUGUCCUUUUGGUUGUUUUGUGCCAAUCUCAAGCGUCUAAUUUGGCAAAUUAGCUAGCAUCCUUGCUAGUCAUACCGAUUUUAACUUACUAGUUGAUAUGAAAAAAUAUACUGCACUCUCCACUACUUACAUUCUCACAGAAAUUUCAAGAAAUACACAGAAUCGUGUGUAGAACAAAAACUUAUAUAUAAACGUGUAUUUUUCUGUCAAGUGUGAAAAUAUGAGCAAAAAAGCUUGUUCUGUGGAAGCUAGCAUUAGCAUUAGCUAACUAGCUUAUCUUAGAAAAUUCCUAGAAUAGCAAUCAACACAUCAACGUGCCAUCCUAGUUUGCAGUAGCUGCAAUGCUUGCUAGUUAUACUUGGCGAAACUUAUUUGUUGAUAUGAAACAAUAUACUGCACUGUCCACUUAAAUUCUCACAGAAAUGUCGAGAAUUACACAGAAUCGUGUGUAGAACAAAAGCAAAACAUAUUUUUCUGUGAAGUGUGAAAAUAUGAGCAAAAAAUCUUGUUCUGUGGGAGCUAGCGUUACCGUUAGCUUCCUGACUAGCUUACCUUAGAAAAUUCCUAGAAUAGCAAUCAACACAUCAACAAACCAUCCUAGUUUGCAUUCUGGUGCACUUACUGGUCAAAUAAUAGUGCUUGGUGACUUUAUUCUGACAUGGAAGAGUAAAGAAAUCACUAAAUUGUUAUUAGCUUUAGCUGCAAGUGUUAGCAAAGACAGAGAAGUACACUCUCAUAUCUCACUCUCAAGUAUCAUUAGUUCAUGUUGGUCCCAAUCUUGAUCAGGUACCGAGAACCAAAUCUGGAACCUUUGUUACUGGAUCAUUUGCCAAUGGAAAAAGCACAGUUCCAGUUUUCUGGUGCUUGUUGCAGUGGAAAAACACCCAAAGUGUUCAGUUAUGUGUAAUUGACCAAGGUCAGAUUUACUAAACUUUGGGAUGAUUAGUCGCCAUUCCAAAAUCUAUCUAAUAUUAGAUUUGUUCAGACAAAAAUGUCUUAUUUCAUGUUUAUCCAUUCCGCUUUGUAAAACUUGACCAACUCAAAUUGUUUCCUGAACCAUACUGAUUGUAGCCAGAUUGUGUUACUUUGUAUUAAUCCUGUCAUAGAGGAUUUAGUCCAAACUUCAAGAUAGCUGCCAUAAACCCCGGCUUUAAAUGCUGAAACGUUGCCAUUUCAUGUCCGAAGUUAACCUAGGACUGAACCACUGUCAUAUUGUUAAAAACCCAUGGGCCAGUUCCACAGAUUAAGCCUUAUUCUUAACUACAAAAGGACUCAAAGGGAGAAUUUCCAUUCAUGCUGUAUUGUAGCUGUAGGCUAAACUCGAAAAAGCCUGAAGUCUGAAACAACCCGGUCCGUUUAGGUUGCUAUUUAAGUCUUGCCUUUAAAAGAAAGAACAGAAAUCAAAUGUCACUUAAUUCCACUUUAGCGUAAGGAAUUUAGUUUUAUUUAUGGAAAGAUGGAUUUCAGAUUUUGAAGUGGGAUGGUUGUUUUUGUAUUUUAUUGCUUUUAACUGAAAGCCAUGCCUCACGUUUGGAUUAUUUCGUAACAUUACUAAUCACUGUAUUGAAAAUUUGCACAGUUUUAUACAGACUAUAAUGUGACAUUCGCUGUUCGCAAGUGCAUAGGUGUUUCGAAAUGUACAUAAAAUGCAGUAACAUCCGUGUGCAUCGCUUCACACUACGGACAUGUGCAUUCGCACUCUUAAGCUGUGAUGUCAUUAAGAGAUAGAAUAGACGAAUAGAGAUUGCUGGGAAAUAGUAGAUGUAAAGAACAUGAUGACGAGGUACAGUACCGGUCAAGAGAUGCACCUGUGAGGGGUUUUUCUUUGUUUUUUACUACUUUCGAAUGAUAGUGGACAUCAACACUAUGUAAUAUCACACAUGGAAUUACUAUAAUGGGAAAUGUAGGCCUUCUGCUAAAUAAGGUACAACACAUCUGAUUGGCUGAACACAUUAAGAAGGACAAACAUUCCACUAAGGCCGCGUUCACAUUACGAGCCUCACUGCUUAAUUCGGUUUCAAUCUUUUUGACUUGAUGAUUCACGUUCGUGUGGGCAAGUGGCUUCUUUCUGUCAGUCUGCAUCCAAGUCACGUAACGUGACGGUAAUUAUUCAGAUGCAUUGCUUCUGCAGCAUUUACUGGGACUAAGUUCAGUUUAGGAACUUGUGCAAAAAAGUGAAUUCUGAUCUAGCCAUUCUCAUUAAGGUCACAAGCGUACAAAUCAAGCAUGUAACAAUCUACACAGGGGGGAAAAAAGUUUUUUUUAGUUCAGCCUAAUAACACUGAGUUUGUGUAACAAGCAGUUGAACAGGUUUUGUUCUGUUGACAUUAAAAUAGUAUUAUAAAUACUAAAACAGUGCGAAACAAAAUUUCAGUUUAGAUAAAAAAGCAAUAUUAAUUUACUUCAAACCUCAAUAACAUCUGGCCUCUACCACUUUUUACAGCAUAGGACCACAUAUGAAUGGAUGCGUUCACAUUACCAGACUGUGUGUGAAUCUGAUUUUUUUGUCCUAAUAUGCAAAAUAUUUUAGUUUAGAUAAACAAACGCAAUAUUAAUUUACUUCAGAACUUCAAUAAUAUUUAACCGCUACCUCUUUUUUUUAAUGUGUAGGACUACAUAUUAAAAGAUGCGUUCACAUUAUCAGACUGAAGUAGUGUGAAUCUGAUUUUUUUUUGUCCUAAUGUGCAAAACAAAAUUUUAGCUUAGAUAAACAGAAGCAAUAUUAAUUUGCUUCAAACCUCAAUAAUAUCUGGCUUCUAGCACUUUUUACAGUAUAGGACCAAAUAAUAAAGGCUGCAUUCACAUUACAAGACUGAAGUAGUGUGAA